AUGAUGAUGAAUGCGUAUGAUAUGAUAAAGUGGGUAAGCUUGUUGGGUGCUGCAUCUGUGAAUGGGCCCUGUGGUCUUCACAUAUCAGAUCACCCUAUUAUUGCCGCAACUGCCUCACGAAAUGCCCAGAGAUUCGCAUAUCUUAAACUGAAGGAAAAGUCCAAAACUGACCAACAAGAGAAAGGGACAACUGAAGAGGAAACUUGGCUGUGGCACCCCAACUUCUGA